AAGCCACGCCCACCUGUCUCUCUUUUCAAUUCAACCGUCAGGAUUUGCUUGACGCCAUGUUUCUGUUCAGCGAGUCUUAGUAAACAAGCUACAGGGGACAUGACAAGUGUCUGUCACGACAGAGGACACUCCCACUGGACAUGAGGGUCAUUAAGUGAAAUCCUACAGCUGCUGUAAUUAUCUGCACUCACGCACUUGCCUCCACACUGAUGCUGCUGCUGUUUGUGGAUUUUCGGGUCCUCUACAUCCGUCUAUCAUGAAAAAACGGGUGACAUUUGCAGGAGGUCAGAUGAUCCACAGGCUCCAUGGAGACGACACUCUGCAGAGGAACUCUGGGAUGAAGGAGCAAAAAACAGAUAACCAGAUAACAGGAUUAAAAGAUGUCGCUGCUGAUUUCAACGGAAACAGACGACAAGCGGCAAGAACUGAACCACAAAUCCAACACGUAACCGUCCAAAUCCCUAAAACAGUGAGCACCGGUCCCUUUCUCAAGCACUCUGCACUGACACCUGCUCAGAGAAAGUUUCUGUUCAGCGUCUCGUCCUCCAGCAGCUCUGCACACGUGCGCGGCCUCAUCACACAGCACUACAUGAACGUGCUGCACCGGUGUAUACGAGCAGACGACCUGGCUGUGACGUCCGUGACCUCACCUGACCUCACAGAGAGCCGAAAACAUCAGACGCUAAUGACACGAGCAGACAUUUCUUCCAAGAUGAAGCACAAUGAGAACAUACAUAGUGCAAAGCAUCCUGAGAAAUCCUUCCUCCCAAAACUCCCUAACAACCCAGUCAGGUGGGAAACUCACGGAAGAGGAUUAGGGCCACAUGUGAACAUUUCUGGGGGGAAAAAUGUCAGAAUUCUGAGAAAAAAAGUCAGAUUUCUGACCUUUUUCACAAAAUUCUGAAUUCUGGGAUGUUCUAUGAAGUUAAGUUAAUUUGCCGUUUUUUGUGUGAUUUUAGAUUUUUGGACACGUAAGAAAAUCUUAUUCUUGAUAAACUGCUGUACUGUAUAUGUUUGGGUUUGUACUGAAUAUGGAAGUAAAUCUGUCUCAUUGGAUUUUUAAUGUUAAACGACUCCUCAAAUUGUCAGUAUCUCAUUUUUUUACAUUUGCUAAAAUGUUUUCAUUUCAAAAUCUCAUUAGUGAUUAGUAUAGAUUCCUGUUUUUUGUUUUUGGUUUGAGUGAGUGUUGUAAAUAUAAUUCCUUGUGGAAAUCAGUUGUGUGUGUGUGGAGAUGAGCAGCUUUGCAGAGUUAAUGCUUGUGCUUUCAGCGCAGCGUCACUCUCUGGCGCCCUCUAGUGUCAGCAAAAUGGAACCUCUUAAACUUGAAGUUUCCAGGAAAGUUCCAAACCUUAGCAAAGCCACUUUUAUUAAUGUAUAUUUUAUUCAUAUAUAUAUAUGCACAGUAUAUAUGAUUUCGUAUAUAAAUUCACCCACUGAACUGAAUAACUUGCACGUACGUUAUGUUACAUAUUUUUAAUUAUUGUUAAUUUUGGAAUAUGUACAUCACAUAUGCAAUAAAAUACCUGUGAAAAUGUCAUAAGUGGCAUUUUUUAUCAAAACUGUCAUUCUUCCAAUAAUUGAAAUGCUUUUAUAAACCAAA